GAAAUUUCUCUUCUCCUCACGCACGCGGCGCCGUUCCUUCUCUCGGGCGAAACCACAGCCAAGGCUAGGGUUUCCUCCCUCCGGCGUCGGCAAAGGGUUUUUCCGGCUGGUUUUCACCCGUGGGUGACCAUUCCGACAAGGAGAGCUCGGGAAAUACAAGGAAACGGUGGAAUCAAAGCUCCGCCGAAACCCUAGAGCACUUCCCCUCCGGUUGUAAGUCCAAGAACUCAAUGAAGAAUACAAAAAAUGUUGGGAAUCGGAAGUGCAUUCCAGACAAAUUAUUAAAUUAUGGCGUUGGCCUCAAUAUAAAGCUUGGUAGGCAUCCUCACGGUGAUCGUCAAGCAAAGCAAACAGUUGGAGACCGCCCGUGAGAGGAAGGAGAUCGAUGGACAAGCAAAGGUUUCAGCUGAUGCUAAUUCUGGCGUUUGCAAUGGCCACAACUGAUUUUGUUAAGGUCGAAUCACUUGCGAAUGGCCUCGGGUCGACUCCUCCCAUGGGUUGGAAUAGUUGGAAUCACUUCUCUUGCCAAAUCAAUGAGACACUAAUCAAAGAAACAGCCGAUGCAAUGGUGUCAACUGGACUCGCGAAGCUUGGAUAUCAAUACGUCAACAUCGAUGAUUGCUGGGCUGAGCACGACCGCGACUCCCAGGGAUACCUAGUGGCCAACGGAAGAACAUUUCCAUCAGGAAUCAAAGCUCUUGCAGAUUAUGUGCACAGCAAGGGGCUUAAGCUUGGCAUUUACUCAGAUGCAGGAUACCGAACGUGUAGCUCAGAGAUGCCUGGUUCACUGGGGUAUGAGAAGAAAGAUGCUGAAACUUUUGCUGCAUGGGGAAUAGAUUACCUCAAGUAUGACAACUGCAACAAUGGAGAUUUGAAACCCAUGGAGAGGUAUCCACAAAUGACUCAAGCUAUAAUGAGCACUGAUCGACUAAUUUUUAUCUCCCUUUGUGAAUGGGGAGACAUGCACCCAGCUACCUGGGGAAGCAAACUAGGGAAUAGCUGGAGAACUACUGAUGACAUUAAUGAUUCAUGGGAAAGUAUGGUCUCAAGGGCUGAUCAGAAUGAAGUUUAUGCUGAGUAUGCAAGGCCUGGUGGCUGGAAUGAUCCUGAUAUGCUCGAAGUUGGAAAUGGUGGGAUGACUAAUGAUGAAUACAUUGUGCAUUUCAGCAUCUGGGCUAUCUCCAAGGCUCCUCUCCUCAUUGGCUGUGAUGUUAGAAAUAUGACACAGGAAACCAUGGCCAUUCUUGGAAACAAGGAAGUGAUUGCUGUUAACCAAGAUCCUCUGGGUGUUCAAGCUAAGAAGGUCAGGAUGAUGGGCAGUGCUGAGGUUUGGGCCGGGCCUUUAUCUGGAUAUAGAACAGUUGUAGUGCUACUGAACCGGUCCGUUUUCGCGGCCCAAAUCACGGCCCACUGGGAUGACAUUGGCAUUCCACCCAAUACUUAUGUGCAAGCAAGAAAUCUGUGGAAGCAUAUAACACUGGAGAGGGAAUUUGUGGGUAAAUUGAGAGCCCAAGUCAGCGGCCAUUCUUGCAAGAUGUAUAUUUUAACUCCCGUGUCUCAAUCAGAAUGAGAAGCAUCAGUGUAUCACGGCGUAUUUGAAUUAAUGUAAGCUGAAUAAAUGAGAUGUGAGCUAAUUUAAGAUAUCAAUUGGCAGUUU